GCAGUGGAAAGGGUGAUGAGGGAUUUCCGGCCGUGACCUCGCCCUGCAGGGGGACAGGCGCUGCUCUGCCACUCUCUCUGUGAAGCACUGCAGUGACAGCUCAAGUUGCUUUCCAGAAGUCAUCUCAUCACCUGACAGCAUCCAGUACCUUAACUUUCCUUAGCACAGGAGACAACCUGCCUUGAAUUUCCUGCUUUUCUGAGCUUUCCAACCUGGUGGCAAUGGCAAAUGAUCUUGGAGUUACCUCAGUGUCUUUCAUCUGGGUUAUGACAUCCCUGGCUCAAAAUUACUUUGUAACAGGUUCCAUUAAUUCCCCUUGCAGGAUCAAGGGUAUAGGAAUUUAUCUUGAUAAGAAAGCGAAUUUCUCAGAAGCAAGUAAUGGAUGCAAUCAAUUCAAUCUACAGCUGGCAAGUAAAAAACAAGUGGAAGAGGCUCUGAAACAUGGCUUUGAAACAUGCAACUAUGGGUGGGUGAGAGAAGGAUUUGCUGUUAUUCCUCGGAUAACAUCCAACCCCAAAUGUGGUCAGGGAAAAACUGGAAUAGCACAAUGGAAUGUUGGCCAUGAAAAAAAAUUUCAUCUCUACUGCUUCAAUUCCUCAGAUGUCUGGAUUAACUCAUGUCAGCCAGACCCAACUACAACCACAUUUCCUUCAUUAACUGCAUCAAGGGACUUCACUGCAUCUUCAGCCUCUGCUGUGACUGAGAACAUCACAGCAGUGCCCCCUGUGACUGUGACUGGGUCAGAACAAUUCCUGAAAAAGAGAUUUCGUGUGGUCUGUGUGACUGAAACGAUCCCGCCAACAGAGGGGCCCACCACAGCACUGCCAGAGGAGCACUGGCCCACUGACCCUCCCAGGCACACUCCCCACCUGGCCUUUAAGAAUGAUGCUGUUGUUUUUGGAGGUAUACCCACUGCACUUCUUGUACUGGCCCUCAUCUUCUUCAUUAUUUCAGUUGUUCUAGCAGUCUGUUAUAUCAAAAAGUACAAGAAAACCUUGCCAUUUUUAAACAAGAAUCAGCCAAAAGAAACAGUUGUAACUACUGCUCUCAAGGAGACAAAAUCAAAUGACCAAACACCUGAGAAGGAAACACAGAAUAAUGGAAAUAAGGCAGAAGAAUGUAAAAGUAAGCCUGAGGCCACAGUGAAAUGUCUAGAAGCAGAAGUUUAAAGGAAAGAAUGUACAGUUCCUGAUGAAAAUAUAAAAUGAAGCAGAACUUAGCAGUGCUUUUAAACAUAAGUGAUUGUAAAUACUCUUAUUUUCUCUAUCUUUAACAUAUGAAACCUUGUUUUUUAAUAAUUACAUCUGUGGCAACAAAUAUUCUUGCAGAAGAACAUGGUAUCUUAUUUACUUGAAAUAAAUUCUACAAAUCCAUAGUACAGCUCAUUUCUCAUCUUUAAUGAAGAAGCAAUUAGGGAUAUGCUAUUAACAAGAUGCACUACAUUAACUAUUUGCAUGGAAUUCAGAUCAAUAUAUAACAAAAAGGUUUGGAUAUCUGGCUGGAGGAUGUCUGCUAGCCUAAUGCCUAAAAUAAAAUGCUGAUGCUGUAGUUCUUCCUCAUGUAGAUUAGCUUAUUUCCAUUCAGUAGUUGCAUGCUGCUUUUAAAAAUGUUUACAAACAGGAGAAACAGUUCUGUUUACAAGGGAGUAAAAAAGAAUUAACCCAUUGUCAUUCAAGUGCCCAAGGAAGGGUACAAAAUGCUGAUGUUUAUAUAUAAAUAUAUAUAUAUUUACAGCAAUAACUUACUUAAAUACCUUCAUUGUAUCAUAGUUUACUGUUUUAUUUAUUGAAACCAUUAUCAUUCUUCCACAUCAGAUAUUUGACAGAGGGGGACAAAAAAACCCUGAACAAGACUUACACUGGAGAUCUUUUGUGUGUAUUUAAGUGUGGCUUUCAUAAUAAAGAACUCAGGUGGCCUGAGAUGUCUACAGUACUCCCUAAAAAAUAAACUGUGGUGGUUAUGUUUGUCUGGACAAUUUAUUCUCUUGAAAACUGUCUCAUAGUAAAAAGAAUUCAUAUAACCUUAAUGUUACAGAAGUAAUUAGUGGUUAUAAAAUAACAACACAAAUAUUUUCCUGAAUAAAGAAUUGAGGUAACUUCUCUUUAUGUGUGAAGGAGGUUGUUAUGCUAAAAGAAGAUUUUUCCUUCAUCAGGCAGCUUGAAAAACAUAGUCUUAAAUAAAAAGAAUAAAUAUUAAAAUAGCAAUAGAAGUGCUCACCUAUAUUGUGUUUUCAGCAGUGUACUGGAUACUGGGUUAUGAAUGUCAAUAUUUUCCAUUCACAUAAAUUUUAAAAUGCCCAGUGUUUUUACAUUCCACUAGUCAUGAUUUAUAGUGUAUUUCUAACAUCGUGCUUAGAGAUUCCCUGGGUUGGUGUUUUGUGGGGUGUUUGUUUGUGGUUUUUUGGGUGGUUCUUCUUUUUUUUUUUUGGAUAGUUUAGAAAUAUUUUAUGGUUCUAAGUGAUUCAGUACAGCUCUAAAAACUGCUCAUUUCAGAUGUCCAGCAGCAGAAUUUUAGCAGAAAAACGUGCAACAGAGGACAGCACUAGAUACAGCUUUGCCAGGCAGUUAAGUGACUCCUCUCCUUGCAAAACAUGACAGUAACCCCUUGUAUCCUGAAUGGAAGUGCUCUGUGAGGAGCAGACAGCACAAGGCCACCAGGAACAGCCACAGGGGCCAGAGUAGCAAAUGGGCCUAAGGACACAGCAAAUGUGGUGGAUUCCAGGUAGUUUGGGAAAUGUUUUAAAUCUCCCUUCUGCCUCUCUUUUCCAUGUUUUAGAGAUGAGAAAUUACCUGUUCCUCUCUUCCCUACAACUAAGUGAGAAUUAUAAUGUUGCUUCUCUUUUAGAGCUAAAUAAGGGUGCUUUCUUUCCCCCUGAAGUGUUUACUUGCUAAAAAAAAAUCGAUCCUCUUUUAAUAAGACAUUGCCUUAACCUUUAAGUGUCUUAUUUUAUAAUGUACCUUAAAAACUCAGCUUCCAUCCCGUCCUUCCCACUGAUUCCUGACCAGAGGACAUGGUUUGAUCUGCCCCUCCAUUCCACUGCACAAUUUCUGCCAACACCACAAGGGCUAAAGGAGCUGCUCUGUAUGAAAUAAAGGCAGCUCUAAGUGCUCAUCAACAACUGCUCUAUUUGAUAUUUUCUCUGUGUAGUGAGAACUACUCAGCCACAAUGGAAUUGGAAAGUACAGAACAUUCCUGCUCAUUGUUUAAUGGAAUUGCAAGGGCUGCACUACUACAACCUAAGCAGGAAACAUUUAUUUAAGUACCUAGACCAAGAGUGUCAAACACGAAACCCUUAACUAGAGGUAGCAGAAACUUAAGAGAAACUCUUUAUUAUGUUUCUGAUUUUUCUCAAGUGUUGUGCUUUUUUUUUUUUUAACAAGACCUCAACAGUUCUGAAGCUCCUUGACGUGCCAGAGCUGCUCAAGCACCUUGGACCAGUAACUCAUCCCACCGAGCAGGAGAGCACAGUCCGUGUUUGCCACUUGUGCUAACACCACUCAGCUUCCCACACUGAGGCUCCAGAUGUUAGCUGACCUCAGGCAAAAGGGCUGCUUGGCCUGCAGGAAAUACACCAAGGUUUCCAGUCCAGCCCAGUCCCUGUCAGGAAUAUUGGAAUGCCUUUGGCGUGGGAAGUACGUGUGGCCAUGUGUGAACAGAGGCGGGCAGGAAGGGGAAGUACUACUCCUUUUCUCCUCUUUAAAUUAAGGGGGGAAAAAAAAGGACUGGAAUUAAAUAUUGCAGCAUCAGGAUGUGGAUGACCCAGAGGAUGUUCUAGGAUGUCUGUUUCUCAAUGGCUUGUUGUCCUUUCUGGGUGCAGGGGUUUUUUUGUGAAAAGGUCAGUGAGCAUUGACCUUUGGCACUCACAUCCACCGCCCACAUCCUCCCUGCAGCCGGGAUUUGCACCAGCAGCUGUGGCCUCGGAUGAUCCCUGAGACUGCAUCGAGCAUCAUUUAAAUCACUAUUUAAUAGAACUCAUAGUUGGGAGUGAAGGCACAGUGAGCCCCAGGCAGUGCAGCACUGAGUGUGCGUCUGCUGAGGGUGCAGCAAGGUGAAAAGUGAUCCUGUUUUUGUCAGUCCAGGUAUUACAGAGUGUUUUUAAAAUAAACCAACUCUAUACAGCACUUCUGCUGUGUGUUAGAAUGGAUAAGAGUGUGGCCAGCAGGGCAGUGAUUGUCCCUCUUUACUGGGCACUGUGAGCCCACGCCCCGAGUGCUGUGCCCAGUUCUGGGCUCCUUAGGAAGGACAGUGAAGGGCUGGAGCAAGUCCAGAGAGGGGCAAUGGAGCUGGGAAAGGGUCGGGAGCACAGCUAUGAUGAAGGAGCCUGGGGAAAAGGAGGCUCAGGGAUGACCUUAUCACACUCCAAAGCUGCCUGAACGGAGGCUGUAACCUGGAAGGGGUCGGUGUCUCCUCCCAGGAAAGCAGCGACAGCAUGAGAGGACACAGGCUGUGCCCGGGGAGGCUCAGGUCAGGGUUAGGGACAACAGCAGGGAUUUCUUCACAGAAAGGUUGAUCAGAAAUGGAAAUGGGCUGCCUAGGGAAGUGCUGCAGUCACCGUCCCUGGAGGAGCUAAGGAACGACUGGAUGUGGCACUCAGCGCCGCGGUCUAAUUGACACGGUCGUGUCCGGUUAUAGUUUGGACGCGAUGAUCUCAGAGGUCUUUUCCAACCUGACUGUGGGAUUCCAUGGGUGUUCUGUCGCUCCGCUCAGCGACAACGCCAGCGCCGCCUGCCCUGCGUGCAGUGGCCUUACAGCCGGAGGGAAGGACGAGGAGGGUUGUGAGCGGCACGGCAGAACCGCCUCGGGCCCCGCUCCGGGCCCCGCUCCCGGCCCCGCUCCGGGCCCCGCUCCGGGCCCCGCUCCGGGCCCCGCUCCCGGCCCCGCUCCGGGCGCCGCUCCCGGCCCCGCUCCGGGCGCCGCUCCGGGCCCCGCUCCGGGCCCCGCUCCGGGCCCCGCUCCCGGCCCCGCUCCGGGCCCCGCUCCCGGCCCCGCUCCCGGCCCCGCUCCCGGCCCCGCUCCCGGCCCCGCUCCGGGCCCCGCUCCCGGCCCCGCUCCGGGCCCCGCUCCGGGCC